AUGUUAAUAAAAAGAAAUCUUCCUCUUAUUUUCUCUUAUAUCUUUUCUUUCCUUUCUUACUCCUCAUUUAUUGAUCUUUUCUUUCCUUUCAUCUUUCUUUCUUUUUUUCAUCUCUUUCUUUUUUUAACGCCUGCUUUAUUGAUUCUUUCUUUCCUUCUAUAUUUCCUUCUCUUUCCUUUCUUCUUUCCUUCGAUAUUUUCUUCUCUUUCUUUUCUUACUCUUCAUUUAUUGCUUCUUUCUUUCCUUCUAUCUUUCCUUCUCUCUUUACUUUUCUUUCUGUCCUUACUCCUUGCUCAUGGCUUCUUUCUUUCCCUACUUCCAUCUUUCCUUCUAUCUUUACUCCUUUUUUCCUUCCUUAUUCCUUUUUUCUUUCUUUCUUGUCACAUUUUUUAUUUACUUCUCUGUCUUAGUUUCCUUCUUUUCUUCAUUUCUUCCAGGCUCUUCCUUCUUUAUUUAUUUCUUGCUUUCCUUCCUUCCUUCUUUCUUUUCUUCUCUUUCCUUCAUUCCUCCUCAUUUAUUGAUUCUUUCUUUUCUUCCAUCUUUCCUUCUAUCUUUUCUUUUCUUUCCUUUCUAACCGCUCAUUUAUUUAUUUCUUCUUUUUUCCUUUUGUCUUUUCUUCUCUUUUCUUCCUUAAUACUUGUCAAUAGCUUUUCUUUCUUUGCUUUCUUCUUUUUCCUUCCUUACUUCUUGCUUAUUUAUUGCAUCUUUCUUUCCUUCCAUCUUUCCUUUCUUUCCUUACCCUGCAUUUAUUAG